AUGUCUGCCUCUACGAAUUCAGACUCGUCGGCGGGACGAGGCCAGCAGGCAAUGCUUGCUUCACAACGAGCGAAGGCGAACAAUGAGGCAAAGAAGGCGGGCUACUUUCCUUUGGGAUACAAAGAGGGUAUCAGCCAGUGGUGGGCGAGCAUUUCACCGGCUGUUGCAGAACAUAAUGUCAUGGCCUUUGUGCCAUACCUUCAAAAGCCUCCUACGCAUACUCAGACUGGCUCUGCGCCAGUUUCGGCGUCCACGUCGAUGAUGUCUAUCAACACGGACCCAGCGAGAGCUGCAGCACCUGUUAGGACUACCUCUAUCACGGAUCCAUAUGGGCCAAGAUCAUGGCAUUCGAACCUUGUCAAGUUGAGUGGCAAAAACAGAGCCCUGAACGAAUUCUCAGUGCAAAGAGAUGGAGAGCCGGUGGAAGAGAAUCUGGUCAUGCUACACGGUUACGGAGCCGGGUUAGGCUUCUUCUACAAGAACUUUGAGGGAUUAAGUCGAGUACAAGGCUGGAAAAUAUACGCUUUGGACAUGCUAGGAAUGGGACGAAGCAGCAGACCGCCAUUCAAGAUCCAUGCCAAAGACCAAGCAGGCAAGAUCACAGAAGCCGAGAACUGGUUCAUAGACGCAUUGGAAGAGUGGCGACUGCUGAAGAAAAUCGACAAGUUCACGCUUCUUGGUCACAGCAUGGGAGGCUAUAUGGCCGUAGCAUACGCUCUUAAGUACCCUGGUCAUCUCAACAAGCUGAUCCUCGCAUCACCGGUUGGAAUACCAGAGGAUCCAUAUGCUAUGCAAGCGGAUAUGCCUGAGCCAGGAGACUCAACCAUGGCAAACGAGUUUACGCAGGAUCAAGAAGACGACAUAGUCAACCGACCCACCAAUGGCCAGAACAACUUCUUUAACGCCAAGGACAAAGCCGAAGCAGCCAAGAAGAAAAAUGAAGCCGCACCUCGAAGACCAUUACCAAAAUGGCUCACCUAUCUUUGGGAUGCCAACAUCUCACCAUUCAGUAUUGUUCGUUGGGCCGGCCCAUUAGGACCAAGAUUCGUUUCUGGAUGGACAUCUCGGCGCUUCUCCCAUCUUCCGGACCAGGAAUCAGAAGCCUUGCACCACUAUGCAUACUCUCUCUUCCGACAACGAGGUAGUGGCGAGUACGUGUUAGCAUAUAUUCUUGCUCCUGGAGCCUUUGCACGCAGUCCCUUGAUCAGAAGGAUCCAAGGCGUAGGCCGACAACCAAUCUUGGCUACUAGUUCUUUGACCUCGUCACCUUGCUCCACCUCGCAAAACCUUCCUACCGCCACAUCACCCUCUCCAUCCAAAGAAAUGGGAUUUCCUAUAGUGUUGAUGUACGGCGAGAACGACUGGAUGGAUAUAGCAGGUGGCUACGCGGCAGAACAGAAACUUAAAGAAGAGAAAGCGAAAGCGUUGAAAGAAGCAAGUGCCGAAGAGAAGAAGAGAGAAAAUGGAAGUGCGAAGGUGGUUAUUAUCCAGAAGGCGGGACAUCAUUUGUAUCUUGAUGGAUGGGAGCAGUUUAAUGAGGUUAUGAGAGAGGAGAUGGAGGAGACGAAAAGAGAUACGAAGAAAUUCAGUCGGUUGUGA